AUGGUUUUUGAGCGCCGCUCGACUGCAAAGCGAUCACAUUUUAGUUGCAAGAAGCUCUCAUUUCUCGAGCUCCAGCGUUAUCGACGUCUGGAAUAUGGACGCUGGUUGACACGUAGGAAACGCGCUGAGCGCGUCUGCUUCUUGCCGUCCGUGAAGGAUGAGGUCGGUGCGCUGUCCGCGGAGUCGAUGCAGCGGAUUCUUCACCAGGGCUCUGCGUUUCACUUCUCUAAGGAUAUUGUUAUCGAUAGAUCGAAAACGCUACACCAUCUGCUAUUCGAUGAUUUCUUAAAUGUGAGACGCUUGACUCAGCACGAAUUGCUGUUGCUUGUUUCAGUGCUACCGAAACUUUCGGCGCCAAACCACAAUUUGCUUUCUCGUGCGCUACAUCAAUGUGUUUCGCGUUUCGAUCGUUUCUCCUUUGCCGAGGUUGCGCACUUUUCUUUUCUCAUUUGUCAUCUGCCCGAAUGCUUGAAGAUUCACUUCAGUCGACAGUGGUUGCCCAAAGUGGCGAACCUUUUGCAUCGGCUUGAUCCCAAUGACUUCGGUGGUAGCGACUUUAUCAGCCUGGCCAAGCUGGCGUACGCAUUGUCACAUUUAUCCCCUGGUAGUAAUUCGCUGGCGGCAGCUUUGAUAUCAACGCUACCAACUUGUGACGGUGAUAAUCCUCGUAUGUUUUCUCGCGACUGCUCCCUAGUUUGCCGGAGCAUGUUAGCAAGUGGCACUGUAAAUUAUAGAUUUUUAAGUCAUGCCAGCGAAAUUUACACACGGCAAGUCGAUCAGGCCGUCUUGUAUUUCGUAGAUCGUUUGCAUCGCCGUUCUGCACUUGGCAGAAGUAGCAUUGUCUUUACUCUGGACGAUGCCCCCGCCGAGACCUUAGUUGCCAUUGACGAUUUGCUACUGUUUUUAUCAACUUGCGAACGUUUUGGUUACCACAACAAGGCAUUAUUAUCCACUUUCCAUCGCUAUGUGGAGUAUUGCACUUCCCUUUUCUUAUCUGACAGUCGUGCAGCUGAGUACUACCGCAACUACGGUGGCGCUUCCCCGGACAAAUUUACCAGGAAAUUUGCAGAGCUCGUACGUAGCGAUAGAUACAGACACCCUAGAAGCGGCAAACACAAUCUCGAACAGUUACUGAAGGAGCUGCUUGCCGGCAUGGUCAGCGACCCCGACGGCUUUUGGCCGAUUGAAAGUAUCUACAUAGUGGGUUCUAAUUAUGUGACUCAUCGAAGCGAAUUCGCUAAGUUUUUGGACUUCGUUCUGUGCAAGGUGAAUUAUGAGGUACUUUCUUACGAUGAUAAAUCAAGGUUACUUACUCUAUGUCGGUUGUAUCAUCCCUUCCACCCGAAGUUGCUACGUCACAUGGCGGCUCUUGCCGUAAAGGAUGCCGCCAGGCCCGUUGUACCAUCAGUGGGAGGCAACAGGGAAGAUGUAGCGGAUACAACUAGCGAUGAGAAGGGAAAUGAGAUUUUUUUGGACGUGAUUUCAUUUAGGCAUCAUUAUGCUUCAUACACCACCGAAGGUAACGGGAAGGAUUUGCAUAAGCUGAUAGUGCUAUUUCCUCGUUUAGCUGCGCAUCUUCCGGAGAUCAUAUGUUGGGAUUGUGUAUGGCAGAUGUUGCACGUAAUAGCUAGGUCACAUUGUGCUGAAAUGCUUCCGUUAGUGCGUUCGUUUUUGGAGGAAUCGUUUUUGGGGUUUCAUCCGCUGGAUGAGGCAACAGGGGACAUCACUCAGAUCAUUAUACAUCUCCUUAAGCAAGGGAAAAGCUUUAACGAAAGCGGGUUGUAUCUGGACAGUUGUGUUCGCAUAGUUGAUCUGUUAUCAUCUGCUGACCUUUCUCGGGAUUACGGGAGUCUGUACAUUUUUGGAAACUUUUUCGAACUGUUUGUAACAGUUCGACGUUUUUUGAAACUGGCUAUGGCCCAUGAUGACGACGACACUCGCCUAACACUGGAGCGGCUGUCUAGCUGCUUGGAGCGUUACCUGGAGUCAUUGUCCUUCAACAAACAAGGACUAUUGUCGUUGGAGGUACCUCUAAGUGUAUAUGUGCAAAUUUUAACGAGCCUUUCGAGCCACUUUGGCGUGGAUUUGACAGCCGACGCGACCUCGGCUGAGCGAUCGCUGGAAUUGCUUCGGGUUCAUUGCGCCGGCGAGGGCGCGACAUUUCUACGGUCCAGCGCAGCUUUAAUUCGACACAUCUUGUUCCAGGCUAUGGCGCCUGCUGCGGUCGGGACGCUGUUCGAUAUUGAGCGGUCGGACCUGUUCCGCCUGCUUCAGCGUCCUCUCUCUUCCGACCGUGAGGGUUCACGGCGUUUCAGGACCCCCGAAGAUGUAUUAUCUUCGCCUAUGGGCGAUCUGAUAUGCAAAGCGUACAGCACGUUGUUCAGGAAUCAAUUCAGUCACAUGGACCUAUCAGCUCUGGAACACUCUGGCUAUGUCUUCUUGUUGUGGCCUCUUCUCUCAUUGGAUGGGUUUCCUCUGAUCCCCAAUUUGAAAGAUAAAUCACGGAAUCGAUUCUGUGCUAUUCGUUUUUCUGCUGUGAUGACUUGCAUAUGGGCAGUUGUUGAAGAUCACAACAGCGGUCGAAGUGAGUACUCCGAUUUGCUGCGUCAAGUUGCUAAAGAACACCCCCAGGCCUUCGAUUGCGUGUUUUACAACGCCGCUCAGCUUUUAAUGCUCGAGAGUUGGCAUGGCGAUCUCUGCGACUCCCGUGAUCUAGGCUCUUGCGACCGUUUAACAAUACUUGAACAGCGCGCUUUGGUCCGUUUCUUCAUUUUAUGUUUCCAGCGCUUUGAGGUUGGUAGUAUUCGGCGCUGUUGCGUACAAUUGGUUUCACCGGCCAUUUGGCUACAUAUCCCUUCGGCGGUGCGUGAACGAAAUAUCUAUCCACACAAUCGUGUGGCAAAGGGAUUGUUUAUGCGAGCAACUAGUGUGUUGGAGGGACGUUAUGAAGGUCUGGACCAUGUAUCUGGAUUGCCAGACUUCUCCAGCCUACCUAGUGUGGUUUCUCUGUAUGAAUUGUCUUCCGAGACACUUGAGGCGCAUGCCAAGCUGAACGAACGAGCCCGGUUGUUGCUCAGCCGCGAUUUUCUGAACAGCCUGCUGAAUCAGUUUGUGUACGUUUUAGAGGACGGUAUAAACCUUGAGUCAUUUUCCUCCACCGACGCCGCGGAACAAAGCAGAGUGAUGCAACGUUUGAUGCUUUGCGAGAACCAGAUGGAGCUUGUGAUUGAUCUAUUGAGUCAGCUGAAUACACGUCGUAUUGUGAAACCUUUGUUUGACGCCAAAUUAAUUUUGGUUCGCUGUCAGCAGACCCCGUUGCACGACCAUUUGGAAGGUUCUCUUUUCAAAAGCAUGUUGCGCAUUUUGGACUUUUACGCGAAUUUUUACAUAGACGAGGAGCUUGGUACUCCACUGGACUAUGAUAAGAUGCUGGAACAAUAUUAUGAUCGAUUUGAGUCUUUUCAACGCGUGUGUUUCACCAAGUUUGGCGACGACCCUAUACUAAAGUCUGUACACUUGCUGUCUGCAUUUGAAGUGCAUCAGCAAGGUGGUUUGACAGACCUGUUGUCUCAAUGCAAGUCUAGUGUUUUGGGCCGCCUCGUUUUGGAGUUAGGAUUAUUUGCGAUGGAUGAUGCUGAUAAGGAUGCUUCCUGUUUGCUGCGUCCCGCUCCUAUUAAUCUGACGCCAAUAAAGGAGAAGGGUAAAAGUGCGGUGAAGAAGUUUUUGGUGGGUGUGAUAAACGCAUCUUUACAGCGGCAAGUUGACUCCUUGGAGUUUCUCAACAGCCUUCCUCUGUACCCUACGGAGGAACUUUUGUGGAGUUCAAGCCAGCUUCCAGUAGGCGGUGACUAUGUGCGUCUAUCGUCAUUCGGUCUUCACAAGUUGAACUUGCAAUAUUUGACCCUUUUCGACUAUUUGUAUCGCAAUUUUACGUUAUAUCGUCUGGAGAGCGCUUCUCAGAUUAAGUCGGAUUUGGAGGAAGCUAUUGAUUCGUGUUGCCCCCGUGGUUAUAUAAGCCGCCAUAACACGAAGGCUGGCCAGUCUGGUAUGGUGGAAACACUUUUUGAAGGUAGCCAUCCAAUGGCGAUUGAAAUUUCUUCGUUUUCUAUUCGUGAGGUAUCCUCUGCCACGGUACUGCGGUCGGACUCAAGUUUUGUUGAUGCAGAAAUUGUAAUCGACACUUCUAGUGUGAAGGAAUUUCAAGUUCGGCGUGAUUGGCAGCGUUUGAAACGCCACGAUGUAUUGUUUUUGGCCGCCAUUUCAGCUCCGCUGCAGCAUGUACCAAAACGCCUCGACGAUUAUGAGUCGCCAGAAGAGGUACCGCUAAACUUGGGAAUUAACCUUGUGCGUGGCGCAGAGAUUUGUCAGGUAUUGGAUGAGGACGGCCAUGUAAUUUCCGACUUGAACCCCUACGAAACACGAACACCAAUCGGUUUUCGGUUAAUCCUUCGCGUACGUCUGGAUUACAAUCAGUACAUUGAAGACAUUGCACGUGAUCCGAACAUCUAUGCCAGUAUGAAUCUAUUGGUGCGUCGUCAUUCACGCGUAAACAAUUUCAAAUCAGUGUUGGUCUCUCUACGACACAUGAUAAACAGUCCCACCACGUUGCCUGGAUGGUUGGGAGACAUAUUUUUGGGAUUUGGGGACCCUAAUCAGUGCCAAUAUCCUACAUUAGAACCAUCUGAAUGGAAGUUAAACUUUUUGGACACUUGGAAGAAUUUAGAUCACUUCUUUCAUACCGCAAAUGGGUUUUUGUUGAAGGUGGUAUUGUUAGAGGGGCAUGACACAAAAUGGCCUACCCAAGAUAUCGCUGAAUCCACUUUGAGUGUGCAGAAUCUCGACGUCACAUUGUUAAAAGACGAUCAUGUCGAAGCGUUAUCAUCCCGGAUUUUAGGUGAUGGCGAUUUGUGGUCAAAACUAGUCACACCAGGUGUCAGUGUCGACACAAGUUCAAUCGAGGGGAUUGGAGGCAAUAGAUAUAUGUUAGCUACAUCAUCAGGUAGUGCAGUUGUAGAGGUCGACCUUGUCAUGCUGUCUGAGUUCAUCGAGAAGGGUGUGAUGGUCCAUGGCCAGCGUGGCGAUUUACAGGUUCCUCCGAAAGUGGCUGUACUAAUUCCGCGUUUCAAUCUAUCUGAUGAAUCGGUGACACCGAGUGAAGAGCGCCCUAGCAUUGUGUUCACGCCUUCUCAGGUGGAGUCAAUACGUUCUGGUGUUUCCCGCGGCCUGACUAUGAUUGUUGGCCCACCUGGUACAGGCAAAACUGAUUGUGUGUGCCAGGUCGUGGGCAUUCUCUUCCGCAACUUGCCAGCGGAGCGUACGGUGAUAUGCACGCACAGCAAUUAUGCGCUGAACGAUAUUUUCACAAAGUUGGUGCUUAAUGGCCACGUUGACGAGCAUCACAUAGUUCGUCUAGGUGGCGCUGAGUUUGAAAUUGAAGGUUUGGGCGAUUUUUCUAAAUGGGGGCGUGUGAACUUCAUUCUGCAGCGUCGUUUGGAUUUGUUAGAUGUAGUCAAGAGCUUGGUUGAUGCCUUGGCAGUACCGGGUGACUAUAACUUCAGCCUGCAAUUAGCAAUUUCGUUUUUCGAGUCGAAGAUCUUGCCUUUAUUGCGUUCUUCAGCUGUUGCAACUCAGCAAGAAGCUGUUGAUGAUGCAGAACAAACUAAGUUCGCUUCAAACGACUCCGUAAAUGUUCCUCCUGAAUCAAGCGAAACGACAGAUAGAUUUUCGGGCAGUGGUAUGCGUCGUUUGGUUUUGCUGGGUAAAUUUUUUGAAUGCAAGUUAAACUUUGCGUCGACAUUACGUGACCUCGCGACCCGUUGGCAUUUUCUCCAGCUUUCUCAUUCUUCCGGGGACCUCAGCAUAAGCGUUAGUCGCCGCGAGUUCCUUUUAUAUUUGUAUGCCAUGAUUAAGGAGUUGCAGCCGUUCGAGGUGUUGCGCAACAACCAUGACCGCGGACGUUAUUUGGUUGAGAAAUACGCCCGCUUAGUAGCUAUGACAUGUACCCAUGCAGCAAUUGCGAGGGAAACAUUGUCUAGUCUGCGUUAUUCCAACCUUGUGAUGGAGGAGGCAGCUCAGGUUUUGGAGGCUGAGACUUUUGCGCUUUUGGCACAUCCACUGAAGCGUGUGAUAUUGAGUGGUGACCAUUACCAGUUACCUCCAGUGGUUAACAAUCGGAUUUUACAGCAAUUUUCAAACAUGCAACAGUCUUUGUUUCAUCGGUUGGUACGUCUGGAGACACCGCACGUGAUGCUGAAUUGCCAGGGCCGUUGUCGCCCAGAGAUCGCAAAUCUGUUCACCCACUUUUAUCCCAUUCCUAUCAGCAACAUCGAUAUCGCUCUUAGUCGUCCGGAAUUCAGUUCCACCAACCCUUGUUUCGAGCAUACGGUUCAGUUCGUGGACUGUACUGGCCGCGAGUCUGCUCCGAUAGCGCAUUACUACCAGAACUUGGAGGAGGCUGAAUUUGUGGUUGCCACAUAUAUGUAUAUGCGCUUAUGUGGAUACUCUAAUGACAAGAUAGUGAUAUUAUGUGCUUAUAACGGGCAGAAGGCGCUUGUUGAUGAUAUUGUAAAGCAUAAGUGCGCCUGGAACCCUCGCAUAAAGGCUCCACGCGCGGUAGCCACCAUUGACAAGUUCCAAGGGCGUCAAUCUGACUUUGUAUUGCUGUCUCUGGUGCGCAGUACUCGUCCGGGACAUCUGGGUGAUCCACGUCGUAUGCUGGUUGCUCUAAGUCGUGCGCGAUUGGGUCUGUAUAUCUUUGGGAAUUGGCGACUGUUUAGCGGUUGUCGACAGCUGAAGACAUUUGCGUCACGGUUGGAAGGAAUACCUCAUGAAUUACGGCUGCUCCCGAGUGGAGACGCCGCUAGCGCGGUGUCUGUAUCUAGCUCCGGUGCUAUGGCGGCUAUCGUGGAAGGUCUGCAGUCGUAA